AUGAACUAUACCGCUGAAUUCUCCAAAGUUCGUGACGAACUCAAAAAAGGAGACAACAAGAAGGAUUGGAGAGCCGCUUUCAACGCCCUUGAUUACACUUUCCUCGGGCAGAAGGUAGUCUCGUUUCGAGGGCUUUGGGAUCGUCUUUACCCCUAA